UGAGCCCGAGUCUCUGGGCGAGGAGGACUCUGGGUGGGAGAUGUGGGCGUGUGGAGGGGACGGGGUAUGCCACAGAGAACGUGUUUCCUGAGACUGUAGGUGGGCCAGGCGUAGGGACUAGUCUCAGAUCACUGUUCCAUUAGCCUGCCGUCUGGGAGAUUUCCUCCUGCUGGGUUCUUUGACUCAGAUGACAAUGUCUGCGGGAGAGGUUUCCUGCCAUGGAAUGGCAAUCACGGUGAUGACACUUUCUAUUCUUGAAGCUUUGGCAGCAGCUCUAGAGCCCCGUCCAGACGUGCCUCGGGAGCGAGCCCCCGCUAUCUCUGUGGUGCCCACUGCAGCCUCGCAGCCCAGGCUGCCGGAAGCCACCAGUUCUCCUGGAGCUCAGCGCGUACGAGAAUCGGAGACCCUCACUGCAGCGACCCCACCAGGGCAGGAGGAAUGGACCAUCGACGGAGGCUGGAUGCUACUGGAACAGCGAGUGGAGCACCUGGUACCUGCUUUCCUGGGUGGAGACCCCUCCUACCUCUUCACAUUCUUGAGCACGUACAGAGCUUUUGCUACCUCCCAGCAGGUCCUGGAAAUACUGUUUAUGAGAUACGGAUGCUUCCAUUCGGAGGCUGAGGAGGAUGGCGGACCCCGGGAGCAGGAGAAACUGGCCAUCUCCUCCAUCCUGGGCACCUGGAUGGAUCACUACCCCGAGGAAUUUUUCCGCCCUCCAGACUUCACCAGCUUGAAGCUGCUGCGGGCGUACGUAAGGGUCCACAUGCCGGGCUCCGAGCUGCAGCGCCGCGCCCGCCUUCUCUACUCAUGGCGGAAACACCCUUUGGCAGCAGCUCUAGAGCCCCGUCCAGACGUGCCUCGGGAGCGAGCCCCCGCUAUCUCUGUGGUGCCCACUGCAGCCUCGCAGCCCAGGCUGCCGGAAGCCACCAGUUCUCCUGGAGCUCAGCGCGUACGAGAAUCGGAGACCCUCACUGCAGCGACCCCACCAGGGCAGGAGGAAUGGACCAUCGACGGAGGCUGGAUGCUACUGGAACAGCGAGUGGAGCACCUGGUACCUGCUUUCCUGGGUGGAGACCCCUCCUACCUCUUCACAUUCUUGAGCACGUACAGAGCUUUUGCUACCUCCCAGCAGGUCCUGGAAAUACUGUUUAUGAGAUACGGAUGCUUCCAUUCGGAGGCUGAGGAGGAUGGCGGACCCCGGGAGCAGGAGAAACUGGCCAUCUCCUCCAUCCUGGGCACCUGGAUGGAUCACUACCCCGAGGAAUUUUUCCGCCCUCCAGACUUCACCAGCUUGAAGCUGCUGCGGGCGUACGUAAGGGUCCACAUGCCGGGCUCCGAGCUGCAGCGCCGCGCCCGCCUUCUCUACUCAUGGCGGAAACACCCUUUGGCAGCAGCUCUAGAGCCCCGUCCAGACGUGCCUCGGGAGCGAGCCCCCGCUAUCUCUGUGGUGCCCACUGCAGCCUCGCAGCCCAGGCUGCCGGAAGCCACCAGUUCUCCUGGAGCUCAGCGCGUACGAGAAUCGGAGACCCUCACUGCAGCGACCCCACCAGGGCAGGAGGAAUGGACCAUCGACGGAGGCUGGAUGCUACUGGAACAGCGAGUGGAGCACCUGGUACCUGCUUUCCUGGGUGGAGACCCCUCCUACCUCUUCACAUUCUUGAGCACGUACAGAGCUUUUGCUACCUCCCAGCAGGUCCUGGAAAUACUGUUUAUGAGAUACGGAUGCUUCCAUUCGGAGGCUGAGGAGGAUGGCGGACCCCGGGAGCAGGAGAAACUGGCCAUCUCCUCCAUCCUGGGCACCUGGAUGGAUCACUACCCCGAGGAAUUUUUCCGCCCUCCAGACUUCACCAGCUUGAAGCUGCUGCGGGCGUACGUAAGGGUCCACAUGCCGGGCUCCGAGCUGCAGCGCCGCGCCCGCCUUCUCUACUCAUGGCGGAAACACCCUUUGGCAGCAGCUCUAGAGCCCCGUCCAGACGUGCCUCGGGAGCGAGCCCCCGCUAUCUCUGUGGUGCCCACUGCAGCCUCGCAGCCCAGGCUGCCGGAAGCCACCAGUUCUCCUGGAGCUCAGCGCGUACGAGAAUCGGAGACCCUCACUGCAGCGACCCCACCAGGGCAGGAGGAAUGGACCAUCGACGGAGGCUGGAUGCUACUGGAACAGCGAGUGGAGCACCUGGUACCUGCUUUCCUGGGUGGAGACCCCUCCUACCUCUUCACAUUCUUGAGCACGUACAGAGCUUUUGCUACCACCCAGCAGGUCCUGGAAAUACUGUUUAUGAGAUACGGAUGCUUCCAUUCGGAGGCUGAGGAGGAUGGCGGACCCCGGGAGCAGGAGAAACUGGCCAUCUCCUCCAUCCUGGGCACCUGGAUGGAUCACUACCCCGAGGAAUUUUUCCGCCCUCCAGACUUCACCAGCUUGAAGCUGCUGCGGGCGUACGUAAGGGUCCACAUGCCGGGCUCCGAGCUGCAGCGCCGCGCCCGCCUUCUCUACUCAUGGCGGAAACACCCUUUGGCAGCAGCUCUAGAGCCCCGUCCAGACGUGCCUCGGGAGCGAGCCCCCGCUAUCUCUGUGGUGCCCACUGCAGCCUCGCAGCCCAGGCUGCCGGAAGCCACCAGUUCUCCUGGAGCUCAGCGCGUACGAGAAUCGGAGACCCUCACUGCAGCGACCCCACCAGGGCAGGAGGUACUCCCAGCUCUGGCUGACAGUCAGGAGCUCGAAGAGCCACCUGCCCCUUUGGUGGCCCCAGAGCAUGAGCAGCCCCCAGCCCCAGCCGGUGGGGUCACGGAAGGGCUGGAGCAGCCACCUGCUGCAGCUGAGCAACCAGCCUCAGCUCCCCAACAGCGGCUCAUGUCGGCUGCAGCCCCACAGGAUGAAUUCCCUCACCUUGACAUUGCGUUCUUUGUCAUGUUAGGAUUGGGCAUAGAUAUAUUUAGUGUACUUAUGUACUAUUGGCUUACACUUAACACAUAAAUUAAGUUUCAAAAAAUUUACUCUGAUCCUUUGAAAUUACAACUUCAAGUGUCAGUACGUACAUUCGCAGGAUUUUACACCCGUGACCACUAUGUACUCCUAGAACAUUUCCAUCACAGAGACACGUGGACUACUAGUCACCCACGGCUCAUUCCCUCACCCCAGUCUCUGCAACCAGCGAUCUCGGUAUCUGGUGCUCUAGCUCCUCUGGGAUUUCCAUGUGUGUGCAAACACACAACAUGGCCUGUUGUGUCUGGCUACAUGACAGGAGACUGAUUAAUAAUUGCUUAAAUAUUCAAUGGCACUAAUAUUUUUUAUGACAGAGGAAUAGUCCUCAAAGAACAAAGAUUAGGUGAAGCCCCCACUUGAAAUGUCUUCAUUAUCUGGCAUGGGGACCCUCUGAGGUCUGACACAAGAGCAGAAGCCAGAAGAGAAAUGUCUGGACCAGAGCGAAUACCUUUAAAAUCUUUCAUUUUCCUCGACUGGCCAUGGUGGUAUUGGUCUAACGUACAUAUUAUGAAAAUACCCAAAUGAAACCUUCAAUAUGCCAUUGACACUAAUGUAUUAGGCAAUAAAGUAUAAAGUUCUGGAAGGUUUCCUA